AUGGCAGCAAUAGGUGGUGUCAUCAGAGACCAUCUCGGGCGAUGCUUAGCUGCUUUCACUGGGAACCUGGGUGCUUGUACAAUAACUCUGGCUGAGAUUAAAGGUGUCACUGAAGGACUUAGAAUCGCUUGGGAUCAAGGUUACAGGAAAGUAAUGGUUGGACUUGACUCAACUGCAGCAUUACAACUUCUGGAGGAUCAAAGGUACUACAAGCUCAUACAACAAUUCAGGAGACUUAUAGAUCGGGAUUGGGAAGUCCGUCUUUCACAUGUCUACAGAGAAUGCAACAAGGUGGCUGACUUCCUCGCCAGUCGCGGUCAUGAUCAUAGUUUAGGCAUUCACAGUGUCAAUGUUUCUGAUUCGGGCCUUUCUUUCUGGGUCCUGUAUGACGCUAUGGGCAUUGCCCAAUCUAUUUUAAUUUAA